GUCGCCGUCUUGGCAAAAACAAGAAGAAGGGCUGAGCUCGUCAUCGAGGGGAGCAGUGUGUCUGAUGCCCUCAACACAGGCCCUCUCGCUUUUCUUAAGUUGUUGUUGUUGUUGUUUUUUUUAAAAAAAUAUAUUUUGGGAAGGACAAACAAAACAAUCCUCUUGAGAAAUGAACUCAGUCUGUCAUCCGUGCAGAAUGUUUGUGUCUUUGCACGUUGUUUUGCUCAGCGCAGCCUUCGUGGACAGCAGUGUCUUAAAUGCUGACCAAAAAGACUGCAUUGAGUCCAGUGGAGUGGACUACAGAGGAGACGAGCACAGUUCCUCCUCGGGCUUGGCUUGUCUAACGUGGACCAACGCGUCCACGCAAUAUGAUCCACAGACAGGUGUCGGAGAUCACAAUUACUGCCGAAACCCAGACUCCUCUGAGAAGCCUUGGUGCUACAUCACAGGCGCCGACGGGACGGUCCAAAAGCAGUUCUGUUCUAUCCAGACGUGCCGAGAGCUCGCUUCCAGCGAGGCCCGCGAGACCGAGUGGGCCGAGCCGACCGCGGCCGCUCCCUCCCCAGAAACUGAUCUCCCGCCAGAGAAGCGCUCAUCCCCGGGGGCCGCCGCCGCCGCCGUGCAGCCGGUGAUGGGAAUCAGCCAACGGGUGCACACCGGGCCCAAAAAGAAAAAGGAUCUGGGCACGCUCGGCUACGCCCUCGGCAUCGUCAUGAUGGCCGUUAUAAUCGUUCUCGGGGCGGGCAUCACGUUCGGCUACUUCUACAAAAGGGGCCGAGAUCUGAAGAAGCAGCACGAGCAGCGAGUGUACGAGCGCGAGAUGCAGAGGAUCACCCUCCCGCUGUCGGCCUUCUCCAACCCGACGUGCGAGCUGGUCGACGAGAACACCGUGGUGGUCACGGCCCAGCGCGAGAACACCCCGGUCCAGGAGGAGGUGGGGGGCGUGGACCCCCUCAUGGGCCAGCAAGCGGGCACACCUGGAGCGAGACCAAAAUGACCCGUUUGGAGUCAGGAAGCAGAGUUUGAGCCGAAGACUGAUCCUUUUGCCUACAUGACACAAAUGAGGACUUGUUUGAAAAAGGAGAGGUCGUCAUUAAAUGUUUUUAUUUCGAUAUAUUUGAUAGUCCAAAAAGUAUGCUGGUGGCCUGCCCUCUUUAUCAGGUGUACGGUGACUUUGUCAGUGUUAUUACAGUGUGAGAUGAGGCCAAGUAAUGAUGCGGCGCAUGGGCAUCAUUUAUACCCUUUUGUUUUGUACAUACAUUGUGGAUGAAUAUGUGAAAUAUUGCCAUGUGCAGUGACCCGCUGGCUGUGCCGAGGGAGAAUCGUGUAUAUAAAUGUACUGUAUAUAGAUUUAUAUUAAGAGUGGAAUGACAGAUGGGCACGUGUGUAAAAAUAGCCAUCAUCCUCUAAGGCAGUGUGAGAGUUAAAAAAAAAAAAAAAAAAAAAUUUCCCCAUCCACAAAUGCC